AACUAUAGUAGUACUCACCAUAUCUGUUUUUCUUUGAUAAUUUCCUUUUCCGUUUCAUGAUCGGAAUCUGUUGCAGCGUUGCAGGAGUGAGUUUGGAAUGGUCUUUUAUCGGAAGUGAAUGCAAUAUUUUGUGAAAGUUGGAAGUUAAUAAUCGUCCACGAUGGUGAACGGGCGCAUCCCAUCGGUCUUCAGCAAGACCUAUGUGACCCCUAGGCGGCCGUACGAGAAGGCUCGUCUCGACCAGGAGUUGAAGAUCAUCGGGGAGUACGGUCUUCGUAACAAGCGGGAGGUGUGGCGCGUGAAGUACACGCUGGCGAAGAUAAGGAAGGCUGCCAGAGAACUGCUGACGCUUGAGGAGAAGGAUCAGAAGAGGUUGUUUGAAGGCAACGCCCUGCUGCGCCGGCUGGUGCGCAUCGGCGUGCUGGACGAGAACCGCAUGAAGCUGGACUACGUGCUGGGGCUGAAGAUCGAGGACUUCCUGGAGCGCCGGCUGCAGACGCAGGUGUUCAAGCUGGGGCUCGCCAAGUCCAUCCACCACGCCCGCGUGCUCAUCCGCCAGCGGCACAUCAGAGUUCGAAAGCAGGUGGUGAACAUCCCAAGUUUCAUCGUGCGCUUGGACUCCCAAAAGCACAUUGACUUCUCCCUGAAGUCUCCCUUCGGCGGCGGCCGCCCGGGCCGUGUCAAGAGGAAGAACAUGCGGAAGGCGACCUCGGGUGGCGGGGCAGCUGAUGAGGAUGAAGACUAAACAUGCAGUGUGCUGCAAGCCCUGGCUUGUGGUUACCUUGUGUUUUGUGCAAUAAAAAUGGAAAACAA